UCCCACUUGCAAUGGCCAUAUGGAAAAGAGCCGUGGCUUCCACCCCGCUCCAGAGUGAUGGAAUGAGCUGUUAUGAAAUGGGGAGAAGGAGCCGGAUCCUGUGAAUUUCUGAAUGAGCAGCUGGAGAAUUGACGUAACUGCAGAGCCCAGAGAAAGGAGGAGUCAGCUCAGAAAAGGAGUGAAAACAAGAGUGUGUUUAGGAAGGCUGAGCUCUCCUUCCUUUCCUUUUUGGCUGGGUAGUUUUGCAGACAAGACUUACGAGUGGAGCUCUGAGGAGGAGGAGUCAGUGAGGAAGGCAGGGCCAGUGCAGGUCCUCAUUGUCAAAGAUGACCACUCCUUUGAGCUGGACGAGGCCGCCCUGAACCGCAUCCUCCUCUCCGAGGCUGUCAGAGAUAAGGAGGUGGUGGCUGUGUCCGUGGCUGGAGCUUUUAGGAAAGGAAAAUCAUUCCUGAUGGACUUCAUGCUGCGCUACAUGUACAACAAGGAGGCAGUGGACUGGGUUGGGGAUUACAACGAGCCCCUGACGGGUUUCUCCUGGAGGGGCGGCUCCGAGCGGGAGACCACCGGCAUUCAGAUAUGGAGCGAGGUGUUCCUGGUGGACAAGCCCGAUGGCACCAAGGUCGCCGUGCUGCUGAUGGACACGCAGGGCACCUUUGACAGCCAGUCCACCCUCAGGGACUCUGCCACCGUGUUUGCCCUCAGCACCAUGAUCAGCUCCAUCCAGGUUUAUAACUUGUCCCAGAAUGUGCAGGAGGAUGAUCUGCAGCACUUGCAGCUCUUCACCGAGUACGGCCGGCUGGCCAUGGAGGAGACAUUCCAGAAGCCUUUCCAGUCCCUUAUAUUCCUUGUCCGUGACUGGAGCUUCCCUUAUGAAUUUUCCUAUGGAUCUGAUGGUGGUGCAAGAUUUUUGGAGAAGAGACUGAAGGUGUCAGGCAAUCAGCACGAGGAGCUGCAGAAUGUCAGGAAGCACAUCCACUCCUGCUUCACCAAAAUCUCCUGCUUCCUCUUACCCCACCCCGGCCUCAAAGUCGCCACCAACCCCAAUUUCGAUGGAAAACUGAAAGAAAUAGACGAUGAGUUCAUCAAGAACUUGAAGAUUUUGAUUCCUUGGCUUCUUAGUCCUGAGAACCUGGACGUUAAGGAGAUCAAUGGAAACCACAUCACCUGUCGAGGCCUUGUGGAGUAUUUUAAGGCCUACAUAAAGAUCUACCAAGGGGAGGAGCUGCCACACCCCAAGUCCAUGCUGCAGGCCACAGCAGAAGCCAACAAUUUAGCAGCAGUUGCCACUGCCAAAGACACCUACAGCAAGAGGAUGGAAGAGGUGUGCGGAGGGGACAAGCCCUUCCUGGCUCCCAGCGACCUGCAGGCCAAGCACGCGGAGCUGAAGGAGGAGGCGGUGCGGCUGUUCCGGGGCGUGAAGAAGAUGGGAGGGGAGGAGUUCAGCCGCCGCUACCUGCAGCAGCUGGAGGCCGAGAUCGACGAGCUCUACAUCCAGUACAUCAAGCACAACGACAGCAAGAACAUCUUCCACGCUGCCCGCACCCCGGCCACGCUCUUCGUCGUCAUCUUCAUCACCUACGUGCUGGCCGGCGUCACCGGCUUCAUUGGCUUGGACAUCAUAGCCAGCCUGUGCAACAUGAUUCUGGGCUUGACACUAAUCACACUCUGUACCUGGGCUUAUAUCAGAUACUCUGGGGAGUACAGAGAACUGGGAGCUGUAAUAGACCAAGUGGCUGCAGCCUUGUGGGACCAGGGAAGCACCAAUGAGGCCUUGUACAAGCUGUACAGCGCGGCCGCCACGCACCGGCACCUGUACCAGCACGCCUUCCCCGCGCCGCGCGCCGAGCCCGCCGCGGGCCCCGACAGGAAGCGGCUCUAGAGCGGCCCGGGCCCGCCCGACCGACCGACCGCCCGACCGACCGACCGACCGACCGCCCGACCGACCGACCGACCGACCGCCCGACCGACCGACCGCCCGACCGCCCGACCGCCCGACCGCCCGACCGACCGACCGACCGACCGACCGACCGACCGCAGCGCCGGGCCGGGCCGGGCCGGGCCGGGCCGGGCCGUGUGUCCUGCCCCGUGUACAUACGGCACCGCCGCAGCACAGAGCUUUGGUCUGUCAUAGCCGCCGACUCCCAGCUCGUUUAUGAAGCCUUAUUUUCCCCUUCUUAAUUAGUCACCCCUGAGGAAAUGAUAAUUUACGUGAUACCGCGACUAAAAUGGCCGAAGCUUGUCCAAAAGGCAGUUUAUUUCAGGUACUUGAAGUUAUAACAUGUAACCACGUUUUUUUCCUUCGUUUAACUGUUUAAUUACAUGAACAUAAUUAAAGUGUGUUGACUUGCUUUAUCAGACACUGUUAAGGGCACUUCUGCUAUGGUCUGUUAAGGUGCUGUGAGGAACCGUUUCUGUUUGUCCGCACAAAGUGUCACUUUGUAGCUGUGCUGGAGGAAGUUUCUCUGUAUUUCUGUACAUAUUUAUCCAUGAUAGUGCAUAGAAUGUGUGGUACAGUUCUAUUCUUUUAUUGUCAGGACUAUUAAAGUUUGCUUUUGGUUCCUAAGAA